AUGUCCAAUAUUAAUGUAACUGGUUUUUAUGGUAAUCCAGGUGUUGGAAAGUCGACACUCUGCAAUGCAAUGGCCGGACAAACCUUUCAUAAUAGUGGUAUCUCAAUUGGAACUGGUUUGACAAAAGCAUCUUCCAAUGAGAAAUUUAUAAAUGGGAAUAUCAUUGAUACACCAGGACUCUUAGAUGUUAUAACCAGAGAUCGAGCUGCCUUGGAGAUACAGAGAAUCUUAACAGACUAUCCCAAUUUCAAAGCUGUCUUUGUCAUCUGUCUAGAGGCUGGCAGAAUCAAGGAGCAAGAUAUCGAGUGUAUCAACACCAUUCUAAGAGCUAUCACCUCCACCACUUUCAGCUAUGGAUUAAUUAUAAAUAAGAUAUCAAAAAAAACAAUGACUGCAAUUCAAGAUUCUCCUGAAAUCUUAAACGAAGCCAUGGUCAGACUGGACAGGAAACCAAGUUCGACUCUAUACCUGCCAUUUAAUCAAAAGAUGGAAGAUGAAGAUAACGUUUUACUUGAAGGUAUUCAUAGAUUCAAACUCUUAAAGUUUGUAAAUAAUCUAUCAACAAACAACCUUGAGGCCAACCAAGUUAAAGCUCUAAAUAUUGUUGAUCAACGUGAAAUUGAUAGAAGAAAAAGAAUUGAAGAUCAGACUAGACAACUAUUAAACAAUCUAACUCAAGAAACAGUGUCCAAAAGGAACAUCCUAACAGAUAUAACCAACAGAAGAAAUCAAGUAUUAGCCCAAAGAGAAGAACAAAAUAGAAAUCAUAGUGCCGCAAUUGAAAAUAUUCAAGCACAACAUACAAAUAAAGUUAAAGCAAUGGCUGCACUAAUUGAACAAGCAAAAAUAAUGUAA